CAAGUACUUACCACACAACAAGGCCGGGUUUGUGUUCUUCCUCAGAGGUAGGUAGUAGACCGAACAUAUUUACUGAAGAAACCAGGAAAAAAAUGUCGUCGUCUUUCGCGCGCGAGGCUUUCGUGGGCGGUUUCUUGCAAGUGGUGUCCGAUAUUCUGCGACAUGUGGCAGAAAAGAAGCCGCUGUCCGCGGUUUCCCUGAUGAAGCAGUACUGCCUCUCCGUAGCCAUCCUGCAUCCCAUCGCGUUUGCCUUUUUCAACAACAUCGACCGCAUAUUGGCGCGCUACGACGCUAUCACAAGAAACAAGUCGCCGAGCAGCUCCCGACCAGAGGGAGCGGUCGAUGCGAGCACCGAGGAAGAAGUGAACGUUACCCCUGCAACCGCAACGCCGAAAAAUACCCUUGGGCCACCGGUCGUGGGGUUUAGAACACCAACAUCGGCACAGGACGAUAAAAUGAUAGGGAAUGGUAAGAGUAGAACUUCUUCGACACAACUACCGUCAGACCAGCAAAUAAGUGUCGACGGCGGCGCAGCGGCAGCGGCUCCAGACAGUUCUUCCUCCUCACCGUGGUCUAAGCAGAGGACACACUUAGCCAGGAUCCAGCAACGGAUUACGAAAACGUACCGGCAAGCGAUGCGGGGAGUCCUGGCCGAGCAGCUCUUUUUCGCCCCGGUGAUCAACGCGGCGUACGUACUUGGCUCGGGACUCCUGCACGACCGCCCGCUGGGAGAGCUGCUGCGCCGGGAAAUCUUCGCCUUCGCGUUUCUGCGGUUGUGGCUGUCCAACGUGUCUUUCUGGGGUCCGGUGUCCAUCACCAACUUUCUGCUUGUCCCGCCGGCGCUCCGGCUCACGGUGUCCCGGCUAGCGAGCAUCGUGUGGACCAUCUGGCUUUUGCGGCGGCAGAAAGUGGCGACGUUGGCGGCGACGGCUGUCGUGCAGGGGGCAUCCACAACUUCUGUGGCCACUUCCUAG